AUGACAUUUAUGAUGCAUUUCCUGCUCUACUUGCCUCUGGUUCUCUCAAACUUGUACAUCAUCUUUGAUGUUAAGUUGGCAUCAGCCCAUUGCCUGAGUGAACAGAAAGGUUUGUUGCUUCAGUUGAGGAGCAAUCUCACAUAUGACUCUUCGCUUUCUACCAAGCUGGGGAGCUGGGAAGAACACACUGAUUGCUGCAGUUGGAGAGGUGUGCAUUGUGAUGAUGCUGGUCAUGUUAUUGACCUCGACCUUAGCAGCGAUUCAAUCACUGGCAAUCUUGACGAUUCAAGCACCCUUUUCAGCCUCCGAUUUCUCCGAAGAUUAAGCUUAGCCGGAAACUCUUUUGACUCUACGGAUUUGCCAAAGGGGUUUGGCUUGCUAAACCAAUUGGUUUAUCUGAACUUGUCAGAAACAGGCUUUGCUGGGCAAAUCCCCAGUAAUUUUUCACGAAUGUCCUGGUUGGUAACAUUAGACCUCUCUACUUUUUCCCCUGGCUAUGUGCUCUCACUGAAACUUCAGAACCCAAAUUUGAACAUGUUGGUUCAGAACCUCACGAGGCUUAUAGAACUUCGCCUAGAUGGUGUUGAUAUUGCCGCAGCAGGGGUUGAUUGGUGCGAUGCUGUGUCAUCUGCACUGCCUGAUUUACAAGUCUUGAGCUUGUCCAACUGCAAUAUUUCAGGCCCAUUCGACUCCUCUUUGGCAAAACUUCAGUCUCUUUCUGUUGUCAAACUUGAUGGCAACAAAUUUUCAGCUUCACUUCCAGGGUUCUUCGCAAAAUUUGCCAAUCUAACUACCUUGAGUGCUAGUUCGUGUGACUUGCUAGGAGAAGCUCCGCAACAGAUAUUCCAAUUACCUACUCUGCGGACCAUUGACUUAUCAAAUAAUGGGGAACUUGGUGGCUGUUUACCGGAAUUCCCUGACAACGGAUUCUUGGAGAGUUUAGAUCUUAGUUACACUUCCUUUUCAGGAAAUUUACCAGACUCUGUUGAUAAUCUUAAAAAAUUAUCCAGCUUGAAACUCUUUGGUUGCAAUUUUUCAGGACCAAUUCCUAGUUCAAUAUCGAACCUUUCCCAGCUUGUCUCGGUCGACCUGGCAGUGAUCAUUUUAUGGGUUCACUUCCAUCCUUCACCCUGUCCAGGAACCUUAGCUCUGUAA